AUGAGAUUCAUUCUUUUCACUUGCGGAGUUCUCGCUAUUGAUUUGGCCUUUGGGGAACUCGGGCUUCAGAGUAUUGAUACUCAAUUCCAAGAACUCCAGAGCAUCCACAAAUCCCCAUGCACGCAAGCAGCACUCCGUGAAUUUAUUCAAGAGUGCACAGCUAAAGGGGCUGAUUCAGUGGAUGUAGAUAUUCGAAUAUCACUGGCUGUAAAACUUUCCAUUUGUGAAUUGGAAGAGACUGAGGUUGAUUAUCCGGACUGUUGUAAAAGUCUUACACUGAUUGGAGAUUUCAAGAGGUGUAUCCAGGAGUUCCGAAAAAAUUCACAAUUGUGGACCACUUAUUCGGGAAACUAUCGCAAACUAAGGACGAUAUGUUUCGAAGAAGCUUUCCCAUUCAUGAAAGAUCAUGUGGUUGACUUGUUUUACAAUAUUACGAAAGUGUAUUCUGGUUUCUUCAACGAAACAGUGAAAGCAUCACAGACAGCCGAGCUAUUCCGUGGUACAAUAGAAAAGAGAUUCGAAGACCUUAUUGAUUUGAUGACACAACUCUUACACUCCAGGCAGCAUCAAGAAGAAGAAAUGCAACAAGAUUUUGAGAUAUUCGAAGCGUCUAUGGUAACCGCCUACAGCAAGGCAAAGUCUGAUAUAGUCGACAUUUCGGCUGGUAUCUACAAUGAUAUUAAUGGAAUCAGCAACGAGCUUCGCCAUGUUAAUGCUUUGGUGACAGAUACGAUAUCUCGAUUUAAUGAUAUGAACAACGAAUUUAAUGAACAGGGAAACAUUUUUGGGGAAAGACACAAGGAGAUCACUUCGAAUGCUGUCAAUGAUAUCUUGAAGAUGAAAAACUUCUUAGAAGAAGGUAUGAAAACCAGCGUACUUAUGAAGGAUUCUUUGGAGAAUAACUAUCACAUGAGUAAUCAGGUUAAUGCUGGUCUACAAACAUUCGAUUUUAACAUGAAAGAGUGGUUGACAAACAUCGAUAUUACAGCAGUGGCCGCCUUUGAUGAUUUUUCUAAUCAUGUCGUGAGCAAAGCAGAUGAUUUUGCGAAAGCAGUGGAUACCCGUUUACAAACUGUCAUAGAACGGACUGAUACUUUACACCAUCAAUUGCAAUCUCGCCUUAAAAAUGUCACCAACACAGUGAUUGAUAUGGAAAAUCAACUCUCCCGAAUUACAAUUCCUCUGUUCUUUAGCGGAGUUUCGGUCGCAUUCCAAGGGUAUGUUACCAAUACCAUAUUGGCUUUUAGAUCAAUGGGCCUUUUGGCACUCAUUUUACUAUUAUCUGUUUCCAUAUUGAAGCGAAAUAUCCAUAAGCUCAUCAAUGUUCUAUAUUCUAUGACUCCAGGCAUUGCUACUGCCCUACUUUUGAGAAUACUUAUUUCCCAUUAUUGGGUAUAA